UCCAUAAAUAGAGCAAGCAUCUUUGUUGGAACUAGAUCCAAUUCCAUUUCAAAAACUCAUACCUCUUCUCCAACAUGAAAGACACCAUUGUUCUAUACCCUAAUCUUGGUAGGGGACACCUAGUUUCCAUGGUGGAGUUGGGAAAACUCAUACUGACCCACCACCCUUCACUUUCCAUCACUAUUCUCAUCCUCACUCCUCCCACCACCCCUUCCACCACCACCACCACCUUAGCCUGCGACUCUAAUGCUCAAUACAUCGCCACCGUCACCGCCACCACUCCCUCCAUCACGUUCCACCGCGUUCCCCUCGCCGCACUCCCCUUCAACACCCCCUUCCUCCCCCCUCACCUCCUCUCCCUCGAACUCACCCGCCACAGCACGCAAAACAUCGCCGUUGCACUCCAAACCCUCGCCAAAGCUUCGAACCUCAAAGCCAUCGUCAUUGACUUCAUGAACUUCAACGACCCCAAAGCCCUCACUGAAAAUCUCAACAACAACGUCCCCACUUACUUCUACUACACUUCUGGCGCCUCCACUCUCGCUUUACUCCUUUACUACCCCACCAUUCACCCAACCCUCAUAGAAAAAAAGGAUACAGACCAACCUUUGCAAAUCCAAAUCCCUGGAUUAUCCACAAUUACAGCCGAUGAUUUUCCAAACGAAUGCAAAGACCCCUUGAGUUACGCUUGCCAAGUCUUCCUUCAGAUAGCGGAAACCAUGAUGGGUGGUGCCGGGAUUAUAGUAAACACAUUUGAAGCCAUUGAAGAAGAAGCCAUCAGAGCGUUAAGUGAGGAUGCGACAGUACCACCACCCUUGUUUUGUGUCGGACCCGUGAUUUCUGCACCGUAUGGAGAAGAAGACAAAGGGUGUCUGAGUUGGCUAAACUUGCAACCGAGUCAGAGCGUCGUGUUGCUGUGUUUCGGAAGCAUGGGAAGGUUCUCGAGGGCUCAGUUGAAGGAGAUAGCUAUUGGGUUGGAGAAGAGUGAGCAAAGGUUCUUGUGGGUUGUGAGAACCGAGUUGGGUGGUGCUGAUGACUCGGCGGAGGAACUGAGUCUGGACGAGUUGCUGCCAGAAGGGUUUUUGGAGAGGACCAAGGAGAAGGGAAUGGUGGUGAGGGACUGGGCCCCACAGGCGGCGAUUCUGAGUCACGACUCGGUGGGUGGGUUCGUGACUCACUGCGGUUGGAACUCGGUGUUGGAAGCGGUGUGUGAAGGGGUGCCGAUGGUGGCGUGGCCUCUCUACGCGGAGCAGAAGAUGAACAGGAUGGUUAUGGUGAAGGAAAUGAAGGUGGCUUUGGCGGUGAACGAGAACAAGGAUGGGUUCGUGAGUUCGACUGAGUUGGGGGACCGAGUUAGGGAACUCAUGGAAUCAGACAAAGGGAAAGAGAUUCGUCAGAGGAUUUUCAAGAUGAAAAUGAGUGCUGCGGAAGCAAUGGCUGAAGGCGGAACAUCACGUGCUUCGUUGGAUAAGUUGGCUAAGCUGUGGAAACAGAGUUGAUUCUCAGUUUGACAUUGACUUGUCCUCUAAAAAUUCUACCAUUUGGUUUCCAAACUUUAAACUUGUAGACUUAAUUUUUUAAGUUGAAUUUGUUUCAGAUUAGUGAUCCUUGCUCAUCUAAAAAUUUAUGAUGCCUGUUAGCUCUUUGGCAAGUGUACCAAAUCGCUCGUAGUAAUAAUUUCUCGGUAAGCCGAGUGUCGUACCA